UAUAUAAAGUAUUAUUGAAAAAAUAUACAUAAUAUUAAAUUAUUAUAUUCUGUUUAGUUUUAUAAUUUGUUCAGCCUUCUAAGCUGUGUUUAAUGCAAUUAAACAGUACAAUUGUAGGGCUGAACAAAUUAAAUAGCAUGUAUCUUGAGUUAAAGCGCGUUUCGUCGUUGUAAAACGCGCUUCAGUUUAUCAUACAUGUAUGUGCAGUUUAUUAAUGUUAAUACACAUAUUAAUGAUUUUGAGGUGGACAUUUUCGAGAAGCUAAUCCUCGGAUUCUAAAUAGAACGCGUUCUAAUGACGUGAGAGCUGCGUGCGGCAGGUUUAUAUGCACGAACUUUAUUAGAAUUCUUUGUUGGGUGUUCUGGCGUUGGUUGUGGUUUGUGGUUGUUGUGCAUUUUGCGAUUUCUCGAUUGAUUUACGGUUAUUGAUUCACGGUUUUGACACUUUUUUCGGACUUCGACUACGGCUUUGGAUUUGCGAUUUCACUUUGACUCAUUCGGACACGGUUUUGGAUUUCCCGGUAACGACCCUUUUCUUCUGACUUCGACUGACGGCUUUGGACACCCCUUGGAUUUGGUUUAUCUCGGCAAAACCCCCAUAAUGGGAGUUUUAUCCGUGUGUGUAAGUAUAAAUAUUCACACAAUAUAAGGCAUACUAGUAAUUCACAAAUGCUUACUGUUAGUAAAGAAUUUAAUGUGUGUGUGUGGAGAAAUGUAAUACAUUUCAUGUUUAAAGGUACACUCAUAGUUACUUAUAAUUCACAUUUAUUAGACAGCUGUAUGUCCACUCACUUACUCGUUUUUUCAUUCUUAACCCUCUUUCUUGUGCAGGAGGAAGCACCGAGUAAGGUGUUUGGUGUUCCCUUGUCACAUCUGAGGAAGACCGGACUGAUGAGACAGGGGCUUCCUCUGGCCUUAACACACCUGGUGGGCUUCCUCGAGAAGCAUGGCCUCAGUACCUGUGGCCUGUUCAGGGUUGGUGGGACAGUAUUGCGGCAGUAUGAACUGAGGAAAUGUUUUGAUCGCGGAGGCUUCCCAAAGAUGAACGUUGAGGAUGUUCAUUCCUCAGCUUACGUCUUGAAACAUUUCCUCAGGACUCUUCCCGGUGGUCUCAUUCCAGAGCCAUUCAUGAUUGAACUGCUGAAAGUGUUCAAGAUGUUCAGACUUAGCAAACGUCACAAGGCAGUGAAGAAAAUACUGGAUACCAUUCCAGAAGAAAAUUACAAUAUCCUCUGCCUUCUAACUUUCUUCCUGUCCCGAGUGGCUGCUGCGAGUCAUGCCAACCGCAUGACCACCACCAACCUGUCCAUAGAAUUUGGGCCGAUCAUCUUUCAUGUUCCUCAAGGCCCCACAAAGCUUGAGGAAGAGGAGAUGUGUAUCAGCUUCACAGAGUACAUGCUGGACAACCUCAGACAUCUACUGCCCAAUAUUUACCCUCAGGCAUCUGCCAUCAACACAGCAGAGGGAGACGCUGUGUCUGAGGCAGAAGAGGACUUCACUCCUAAAAAGUGUGUCCAGCAGGUGCUUCUCGCAGAGACUAGCUCAAAGCCAGCAAAAAUUGGGCGACUUGGGCGUCUGAGAAGACGAUUUUUGCAUUUUUGGCAAAAAUUUGGCUCCCGCAAUGGCAGGUGCAAAGUGGAACCCUCUGGGGCUGGUGAUGUUCAAUGAAGUCUCCACAGCCAGUGAGAGGCUGAGAGAUGGUGAGGGUCACCAGUAAAUAAUGGGGCUGGUGAGGGUCACCGGAAGGCACAGACGUUGGUGAGGAUCACCAAAUGAAACUAAGGACUGGUGAGGGUCACUGAAAGUCAAUGGAGCCGAUGAGGUAAACUGAAAGUGAAAGUGUGUUGAGGAUUUCUGAAUGACACCAGUGCGAUGCAGCUCAUCAGAAAACAGGAGGAUCACUGGAGCUGCUGGACGUGAGGUGCCAUCACAGAUUUGAUUAUGAAGACAAAGACAAGGCAGAUGCUGAUUCUGAAUCUAACUGAAAUAAAGCUUGUCAUCUUCAGUCA